UUUUUGUUUAGCGUUAUUUGUUUAUUUUCCUGCUUUGUAAAAACAAGCGAAAAUAACAUGAAUUUUUGAAAGUGGCAAAUUUUUAAACGUAUUGAACAAUUAAAUAUCCUGUUCGAAGUGUUUUAACAAUGGACCAUACUCCCAAAGCUCACGCGGAGCUAGAAGUUACUGGCGUUUCCCGAAGCGGUAGGGUAUGCAAGAAGUCGUCGAAAUUGAUGGAUUUCCAAUCUCCGGAUGAUAUAUCGGAUGCAAAGCAGAAGAAAGCACAAAAAUCAAAAUCUGCAGUUCCCGGUAGUACUGGAUUGGGGUAUCUCACAGAUGUUAAAUUGGGACAAGAAUCAGAGCUCCACAUGGGCGACGAGGAACUUCCUUCCGAUUCGGGGGAAGACGAACACGACUCCAACAUUGACUCGGAUGACGACGAUGAUGACGAUGUAAUGGACAUCGAAGACAUGGAAGUAACUCAGGAGGAAGACGACAAAAGUGAAGGAGAAUUGGUCAUCGAAACGGCGCCCAAACGCAGCUUGUACAUGUCGGAGAAAUCUUCCAAAUACAAAAAGAUGCUUAAAGAUGGAAAGGUUGUCAUGGGUAAAACACAACGCAAGGACAAAGGCGAACGGCGGUUCACUGCAUAUAUGCUUUGGGCCAAAGAAACCAGGAAGCAGCUCUCAAACUCUGAACUUGAUUAUCAUAGCAUGACAAAGCGCCUCGGUGAGAUGUGGGCAAACGUACCAAGCACUCAAAAGUACAGCUGGAAGCGCCGUGCUAAACGUAUUGCGAAUAAGUUUAAGCAAAACAAAGAGAAAGCACUUACAGCUCCAUUUGUAAAGCGAUACCUUCAUUUGGAAGAUUCCCCAGCCCCAGUGGGUAGCGUUGGAAACACAUCAGCUACUAAUGGAAGCUCUUCACGGUCAAAAAAGUCACAGAAGGCAGCCAAUAUGAUAUCGACAGAUACGAAACCAACGGUUACAGCGAAUGCCCAUCAUCCACCGGAGUCCCCAACCAAGGGGCACAUGAAACUCCCAGGCUAUCAGCCAACAGACGUGGCUGCUCAUCUAAAACUGCUUGGCGAUAGUCUGACAAUAAUCGGCGAACGCUUGAAGGAACAUGAGGGUCAAAUUGCAGUUUCUGGAAGUCUAUCUGUGCUGUUGGAUAGCUUGCUUUGCUCGCUGGGCCCGCUGAUGUGUUUGACUAUUCACAUUCCGGGUUUAGAAUCCGACACGGAGCAUUUGAAGGACUUGUUUCAAAACACCUUGGAUAAUAUUGCAUAUGUGAUGCCAGGUCUAUAAAUAAAUAAUAUUUAACACACCUUA